ACUUUAGACUCGUAUUAGUAGUUUCUUGGUUCAUCAUUUUAUUAUUCAGUCCAAACCUUGAAUUGUAUAAAUCGUUCAGCAUUGGAAAACGAUUAAAAUAUUUUGCGUCUCUUUGCGAAUAUUAUUUCCAAAACCGGAAGUAUUGACGAAUGAAAACUUAUGUCGUUAACCAAUGGAGCCAAUGAAAAAAAAGAUAGUCGACCUACUGUCGUCGUAGCCAUAGCAACGGACGAUUGUUUUUCAUUUUUUUUACCGAGCUGUCAAAUAACUAAAUUUCAUGAAUAAAAUAUGAGUUCUAUAUUAUUUAUAAUAUUAUUCAUAUGUUUUACGUUCAUAAGAAUUGAACGUGGAUACUGUGAUAAUAUCGACAUUGAUAACAAUGGAUAUAUAGUCUAUUGUCCGUGUAUGGGACGAUUUGGAAAUCAAGCUGAUCAUUUUCUUGGUGCACUAGGAUUUUCCAAAGCUCUGAACCGUACCCUUGUUCUACCAGCAUGGGUUGAAUACCAAACAGGAGCUGUGCGCUCGACGCAGAUUCCUUUCGAUGUUUAUUUCAACGUAACGCAGCUGGAAAAUUGUCAUAAAGUUAUGUUGAUGGAAACUUUUAUGAAAGAAAUUGCUCCUCUAGAAUGGCCAGAAUCCAAGAGAAUAGCAUUCUGUUAUGCGGCACGUGGGAAUACGGGAUCGUGCAAUGCGAAAGAGGGAAAUCCAUUUGGACCAUUUUGGGACACGUACGGAGUGGAUUUUGUUGGUUCUGAAUUUUAUGGACCGCUCCAUUAUGAUGUAUACCACACCAACAUAGCUCAACAAUGGCAAACGAAAUAUCCUUCAUCUUCGUGGCCGGUGCUAGCAUUCACAGGAGCACCAGCGAGUUUUCCUGUUCAGGCAGAAAAUCGUAAUCUCGCUAAAUGUCUGAACUGGAACGACAAUAUGCUGAAUAGAGCUAAAAAGUUUAUCAAGGAAACGUUGCCACGUGGUGGAUUUGUAGGAAUCCAUUUACGUAAUGGAAUUGAUUGGGUGAGAGCCUGCGAAUUUAUAUCCAGCACUCCAAAUUUAUUCGCUGCUCCUCAAUGCUUGGGAUAUCGCAAUGAACGGGGCAAAGCCACUCACUCAAUGUGCCUGCCUAAUCUCAAUGUCAUCCUUCGACAUCUCAAGCGUGUUAUAAGAAAUGGCAAGGAUAUCAAAUCGGUUUUCGUAGCCUCGGAUAAUAAUUACAUGAUACCUGAAUUAACAAAAGCUCUUGAAAGAAUGGAGAUUCAGGUAUUUCGACAACCUGAACCAGUUUCCUCGCAUUUGGAUUUAGCGAUUCUCGGGCGCGCCAAUUAUUUCAUUGGAAAUUGCAUAUCGUCCUUUUCUGCGUUUGUUGCUCGCGAACGCGAGGUGAGAGGAUAUCCCACGUAUUUCUGGGGGUUCCCACCGGACAGACCGUACCCUUCGUCAAAUCACGAUGAACUCUGAAAAUUUUCUCCAUCAUCUUUUGACAUAUUUCUUCUCCGAGAUGGUUUGAUUUUCUUUCCUAUUUAUACAGCUUUUUUUAUGAAAAAAAGAUCUUUACGGGUGACCACUUUACACAUACGAGUUACCUGAUUUUUUGACAACUUGACUGCAUUAAUUCCCGCAAGAAAAUGAAUCAAGAAUACCAUCAGUGAUAUACCAAGAUUCGAAAUCGUUAUUUCGAGCCACCUCCAGAGUAUUGAAAUAAUAUUUUUUAUAUACUCCAUUUUUUAUACGAUUCUAAACAUAUAGCUUGUCUACUCACUACUUCACUUCAAAGUAAUAUCUAUACUUCCAAGUCCAAGAAAUCAAAUAAAAAAUUGUGAUAAUUGAA